AUGGAUUCGCUUUUGGAGCUUCUUCCCGGUGAUCUCACCGAGACAUUACCGCUCUCUCCUGCGGUGAUGGCGCUUGGGGUUAUUUUGGCCAUUCUGAGCACAGUAUAUACACUUGAUUCUCUAGAGAUCAAGCCGUUAAAUGGCCUAGACUAUAAGGCAGUUGAGCCCACAAAAUACCGGCCAUUCAAGCCCAUCUUUCACAUCACAAUGGCCCUGCAAGCAGAUUCACCCUCGGGGCUCAUCACCGUCGACUCGGAAUACCUUGACAGAGUCUCCCUGCGCCGCCAGAUCAUCGCCCAGCACGGCGACAUGGUUCACGCGUGUCUCCCGGCCGGCGUUGAGGCUGUCCGUGAGCUCCACCAGUAUCUCCUCCGGGACUACCUGCCGACCCGGUUCCCGACCAUGUUUCGGCUCCGUGAUGAGGGCCGGCAGCUCGAUAAUCUCGUAACGGGUCGGUCAUUUCCCACGACGACGCCGGACGAUGCGGAGGCGGCGCUGCGUGUGCUGGGCGAAACAGUGGAGGAGGACAUGUUUCUGCUGAUGGAGGAGCCAGAAGGACACCGGGCAGUGGCCUUUUUGUGCUGCUUUCCGUCGGGAUUUGAUCCGUCGACAAAGGUUGGGAAGCUGCUCAAGGAGAUUCACUCGCCUGUGCCGUCAUACGACAAGAUUGGGCCGAGCAUGGAGCGGUUUUUCAGCAAGAUUGAGGUGGGCAAGAGUGUGAAGCGGACAAACUGGUCGAUGCAAACGCACAGCGAUUUGUUCCAUUACGACAGACACGACCAGCACAAGAGUGAUGAACCAGUGGCAGCAGAGGAAAUCGACAUGAGCAAGACAUAUGCCCGCAUCGAGCUCCAGACGCUCACCCGGCUGCCCAAGACGCGGGCCAUUCUCUUCUCUUUCAAGACAUAUCUGUACCCGGUAGAAAGUCUCAAGAAGGAGGGACUGGGCCCGCAGGUGGCAGAUGCAAUUGAGGGCCUCAAGACGGGCAAUGCGCCGGGCAUGUGGAGGUACAAGGGCGCGCCGCAGUGGGGAGAGCCGAUUUGCAAGUACCUGCGGUCUUGA